CUAUGACACUAUGUUAUUUCAUCGAAAUAUUUUAUUUUUUAAAAUGUUAUUCUUCAAAAAUGCAUGUUUCCUUACGAUGCUGUCUUCAACACCGAUAAACGAGGUAAAUCAACACUUAAAUUUUUACAAACAAACAAUUUCCGAUUUCCGGUGCCGGCUAGGAUCGAACCUGGGUUUUCGACGUGGUGUAUAAUUUACGGCGAACGCAUAGCACCUAAGCUAACACGGAUCAUUUAAAGCGGAUUUAAAGAAGUAACUGUAAGUAAUUAAAAACGAUAAAACGAAAAUACAUUAAAAAACAUAAUCCCUAAUACAGGUCUUACUCCUGGAAGCAGGCGAAGAGGAGAACAUAGAUUAUGACAUUCCAGGCGUUCCUACGAAGGACUUUCGCCCGAUCCUGUGGAACUAUAGAACAGAACGGAAUGGAUUUUCUUGUUUGUCGCGACCCGGAGGAGCCUGUGAAGUCAGGACUGGCAAAGUGUUGGGUGGCUCUAGUGUCACCAAUGACAUGAAAUACACUCGGGGACACCAGAAGGAUUACGAUGGUUGGCAUAACACCGGACAACUCGGCUCCUUGGGGUGGCAGUUUGAGAAUUUGCUGGAAUAUUUCAAGGCUUCCGAGGACAAUGGCGACUACGACAUACUAAUGAACUCUUUCUACCAUUCUCGCGGCGGAGAAAUGCGGGUGCAAAGGUUCAAGCACGCUGACCGAUUCGUAGAAAUGUUUACCAAUGCGUUUUCCGAAAUGGGCCUUCGUACUUUGGACAUAAACACCAACGUCCCAGAAGCUGUAGUUAUUAAUCAGUUUACAAUAUUAAAUCACACCAGAUUAAGUACUAACAGCGCUUUCCUAAAGCCCGUAAGGCAAAGGAAAAACUUGGUGGUGAUUACCAGAGUUACUGUCACCAGAAUCAUCAUAAACAAGCAGGAGAAUGCAAUUGAUGGGAUUAUCUACGAAAGUGAAAGAGGAAAAGAACAUCUGGCUUAUGCUAAGCGUGAAAUAAUAUUAGCCGGGGGAGCUAUCAACAAUGUGAGACUGUUACAUCUAUCAGGAAUUGGACCCAAGGCUGAAUUAAAAAAACACAAUAUAACUGUACUACAUGACCUACCGGUUGGAUCUCACUAUCAAGACCAAGUCACAACUGGGGGUCUCGCUUUUUUUGUAAACGAUAUUCCUCCAGUCAAUGAAGAGACAAUUAUUAAGGAUUUUAAAACUUGGUUCCAGUCUCGGAGUGGACCGUUAGCGACUCGAGGUAUAAACCAAUUAUCUGCUUUCUUAAAGCUUUACGAAAAUGAUAAUAACGCCCCUGAUGUUGAGUUUUCUUUCGAAGGAAACUUUAUCAGAAGCGAUAAAUUCCUACUUACAAACGUCAGUGUCCAUGCUAUCGAAGAAUUUAAUAUGCCGUUGCCGUACUAUAAUCUCAUUAUAAUAUAUCCUGUGCUACUUAGGCCUAAAAGUAAAGGAAAGGUAAUGUUAAAUAAGAGAAAUCCAAAAUACGGGAGACCUGUUAUUCAAGCUAACUUUCUCAAGGAAUCCGAAGACUUAGAUAGUUUAGUCGAUAGUAUUGACAUUGCACUCCAGUUACUGGAUACGAAGGAAUUGAAAAAGGCUGAUAUUAGAUUUGCUCCAAUAGAUUUAUUCCCAUGCGACAAAUUACGGAACAGAGACCAAUGGAACUGUAUAGCGAGACAUUACACAAAAGCUAUGAGUAACCCCAUUGGCACGUGCCGCAUGGGGGAAAAUAGUACAACAUCUGUAGUCGAUUACCAGUUGAGAGUUCACGGCAUUGAAGGUUUAAGAAUCGUCGAUGCUUCUGUAAUGCCAACGCAUGUUCGUGGUAGUAUCUAUGCAGCGACGGUAAUGAUUGCAGAGAAAGGCGCUAAACUUAUUAAAACAGAUUGGAAGGAAAACAAUGGACGGUACUAUAGAAGGUGACGUAGAUGGUAAUUUGUUAAGACUGUAAAUAAAAGUUCUAUUUAAUACCAAGUUGUUUUUAUUAAAUCACUUGCUUUUUCAGCUAUCAUUAUAACAGGGGCAGCAGUAGAACCUCGAGUAAUUUUAGGUAUGAUUGAAGCGUCAACAACUCUAAGAUUUGAAAUGCCAUAUACUCUUAAAUUAUGAUCAACUACAGACUCAGGGUCUUUGGAGGGCCCCAUUUUACAAGUGCCUACAUAAUUAUGCAACGGACUUGAAAAAUGUUUUACUAUACAUGCCCAAAAACCUUCGGAGACUUUUUCAUAGUUUUUACACUCAUUGUUCAGGAUAGGACGAGGAUCGAAUUCAACCGCGGCAGUCCUAAAAACUUCCGUGUCAAAAAGUUUUACAACUUCAUGUACACCUUCCAACAGUUUCUUCUCAUCCGAUUUCUCUUUAAGAAAGUUUGGAUAAAUAAGAGGUUUCCCAAACACUGGAUCAGUUGCAUUCAAAAUAACUUGUCCGCGGCUUUUAGGUGUUAGAAGAGAAACGCACAUAUCAAUUUUAUCGUAAUACAUAUUGGAGUCGUGGCCACGAAAUCUCAUUUCAAUAUCUGGUGUGCCAAGUACGUCCGAUAAUGUGGUCUCCAUAAAAGCGACAACUUGAAAAUUAGCUGAUAGUGGUCCCGUGCCUUUCGAGUAGUACGAAGAUAUAUCUUUCAGCUUCUCCGAAAAUUUUGACGUAGUUGCCGUUUUACUGAGUUUGACGACUGGUAGACAGACAGACAGAUGAUCAUGGAAGUUUCCUCCGACCGGCAAAUCAUUAUACACUUUGAUGUUCAAAAACUCUAAAUAGUCCUUCGGCCCCACUCCGGACUGCAUUAAUAAUUUAGGCGUGUUAAUCGCACCAGCGCACAAAAUGACUUCUUUUUUUGCCUUUACUCUUAUUUUUGUACCGUUUUUAAUAUAAUCUACACCUACUACUCUGGUAGAGCCUUGAGAGUCCUCAAACAAAAUUUUAGUUACAAGAGCUUCUGUUUCGAUGACAAUAUUAGAUCUCAGUUUACGUAUGGGAUCAAUGAAUGCUGUAUACGCGCUCACUCUCUCUCCGAAAUAUGACAUUGUCUGUAUCCUCAUAAAACCUAGUUGGUUCCGGCCGUUGAUAUCAGUGUAAUUAUAUCCAAGUUCGUUAAACGCACUUAAUAACACAUCAACGUUAUCAUCGACGUACGGAUAUCUUCCAACGUCCAAAGGUCCUUGCGUGGAGUGAAAGAACUUAUUCUUAGCGAUAUCUUUAUCAUAAUUCCCUUCGGAGUAUUUGAAGUAAGGCAGUAAUUGACUAAAACUCCAUCCAUCAUUACCGUUGAGCAUCCACUCAUCGUAAUCAGCGGGGCUUCCCCUCAUGUACGCCAUGUCGUUAAUAGAUGACGUGCCUCCAAGGACUCUGCCUUGGACUACUUCGCAGCCCAAUUUAAAACGAUUUUGACAGAAUCUGAAAAAAAUGUGUUAGCUAUUGUUAAAAAACCACAUUAAUACACCAAUUUAAAGAAAGGAAAAAUUUAACUUUGGUACGUCAGCCGAGCACUAUUUUUAUUUUGUUAAUCUGUGUUUAUUGCUCUCACUUUGAGCUGAGUCGUUCGUGGAUCGCUGUUAAAUUUUAUGUUAUGGUGCAAACUGUCAAAUAAAUUAUUUUUCAUUUUCACUUUUCAUUCAUUGUUGAAUACGUAGUCAACAGUGUACUUUAAGGUCCAUCUCUUACGACUGGGUCAAUCUAGCAUUAUAAAAGAAAACAUUAGUUAUUUAUUUGUAAGCUCUGUUUUGGUACGUAUUUUUUUUAGUUUAUUCUUAUUCAUUAUACAUAUCGUGUUUUGUGGCAUUCCUUGGGGGAAGCCUAUGCUUAACAGUGCAUUUGAGGAAAGGUUUAAUGAUGAUGAUGAAGUAAGUGAAAGAAGUGAAGAAGUGUAAGAAGUGUUUUUCUGUUCGUCUUGAAAAAAUUGUGAGAAUUGAAAAAAGUGUAAAAUUGUGGGAUGGACAACCACAGCUAAUUUUAAUAUUUUAAAUUGAUAUCAGUAAGAUGCUGCUGCCCAUCUACUUCCGUCUGUCACCUCUUAUAGCACCCUCGGAUUGAUAUGUGGUAAUGGAAUCUCUUAUGUCAUAUCUACAUCAAGAAAUAAAGAUAGACAUAAAAAAAUAUAUUAAAGCAAACUAUAUCC